GCUGCCAACACCACGUUAUAUUAUUACAAACAACAAAAUAGUGGACGCUUCCUUGCGUUGGAUACGUGAACGUAAAAUAUGCUAGCUAGCUAGCGAUAGCUAGGUAACAUUAGCGACCUUCCUUGUGAAUGCAAACGUAGUUGCAGUAAUGUCAGUUUGCUAGGCAGGUUUGUCAUAUUAGCCAGCAUGCCCGGCCGUAUGUAAACGAGCGGAUCACAGCCUUUUUAGUUAACCAGAAGCAGCAGUGGUGCAUCUUUGCGUGUCUGUGCGAGUGUGUGACACAGACCAGGCAGGAUGGCAGAAGCACAUCAGGCUGUGGCCUUCCAGUUCACUGUCUCACCAGAGGGCAUCGACCUCCAGCUGAGCCAUGAGGCCCUCAGGCAGAUCUACCUCUCUGGCGUGUACUCCUGGAAGAAGAGGUUUGUUCGCUUCAAGAAUGGGGUCCUGACAGGUGUGUACCCAGGGAGCCCCACUGGCUUAAUGCUCGUGCUGGCAGGGCACAUAGGCAGAGCCAAGUAUUUCCAAGCAGAUCCUUCACUGGGCCUUUUCAGUCUCCUGGAGAACCACCUCCCUAUCAGCAGGUACAUGUCCCCUGAGACCCAGCAGCUGGUGGGGGGUGUGUUGGUGGGCACAGGCCUGUGGGUGGGGAUCUUCUUCGUCAUGAGGACGGGGCUGAAGGCGCUGCUCUCCUGGCACGGCUGGAUGCAUGUGGCACGGGGCACCAUACCUUUGAAAGUCCGCCUCUGGAUGGUUCUGGUGCGGCUCUUCUCUGGUCAACGCAACCCCAUGCUCUACGACUUCCAGACGUCUCUGCCGCGGUUGCCCUUGCCUUCUGUGAAGGACACCAUGAGAAGGUAUCUGGAGUCUGUGCGGCCCCUGUUGUCUGAUGAUGAGUAUUCGCGGAUGGAGGGAUUGUCCAAAGACUUUGAGAAGAAUCUGGGGCCACGUCUGCAGUGGUACCUGCGCCUCAAGGCCUGGUGGUCCACUAACUAUGUGAGUGAUUGGUGGGAGGAGUACAUCUACCUCAGAGGCCGGGGCCCCAUCAUGGUCAACAGCAACUACUAUGCAAUGGACUUCCUGUAUGUGUUCCCUACUCACCGGCAGGCAGCAAGGGCGGGAAAUGCCAUCCAUCUCAUCAUGCUGUACCGCAGGCAACUGGACCGCGCUCAGAUCAAACCGCUAAUGCUUCAAAACACCAUUCCCAUGUGUUCAUCCCAGUAUGAGCGAAUGUUCAACACCAGUCGUGUACCAGCAAGCCCAGACGGAGAUAUGCUGCAGCACCACACGAACAGCAAGCAUAUCGUGGUGUACCACAAGGGGCGCUAUUUCAAAGUCUGGAUGUUCUAUGAUGGCCGUCUGCUGAUGCCCAGAGAGAUCGAGCAGCAGAUGGAGUGCAUCCUGGCCGACGACUCUCCCCCCCAGGACGGAGAGGAGGAGCUGGCCGCUCUCACUGCCGGAGACAGGGUGCCAUGGGCCUGUGCUCGUGAUGCCUACUUCAGACAUGGACGCAACCGUCAGGCGUUAGAUGCCGUGGAAAAGGCUGCUUUCUUUGUCACCCUUGACGACACUGAGCAGCGUUAUGAUGCGGAGAAGCCACUGGAGUCAUUGGGCAACUACGCCAAGUCCCUUCUUCAUGGGAAGUGCCACGACAGGUGGUUUGAUAAGACCUUCAACCUGAUCGUCUUCAAGAAUGGAACUAUGGGACUGAACGCAGAGCACAGCUGGGCAGACGCUCCCAUCAUAGGACACCUGUGGGAGCAUGUGUUAUCCAGUGACCCCAUCAAACUGGGCUACACAGAAGAAGGACACUGCAAUGGCACCCCCCACGCCAACAUGCCUGGCCCCAUGCGUCUGCAGUGGAGCAUACCAACUGAGUGCCAGACCAUGAUCAGUAACUCUCUGGUGAGGGCCAAGGCGCUGGCUGAUGAUGUCGACAUCAUCAUCAUCCCGUUCCACGACUUUGGGAAGGGUCUGAUCAAGAAGUGCAGGACCAGCCCUGACGCCUUCAUUCAGAUAGCUCUGCAGCUGGCCCACUUUAGGGAUAAAGGGCGUUUCUGUCUGACGUAUGAGGCCUCCAUGACGCGCCUCUACAGGGAGGGCCGCACUGAGACUGUCCGCUCCUGCACCGUCGAAACCUGUGCCUUCGUCCGCGCCAUGAUCGACAACGAGCCUAAGGAGAAGAUGAUGCAGCUUCUGAAGCAGGCAGCAGAAAAGCACCAGCAGAAGUACCGUGAGGCCAUGACGGGGAAGGGCAUCGACCGCCACCUCUUCUGCCUCUACGUCGUCUCCAAAUACCUGGGCGAGGACUCCGACUUCCUUAAAGAGGUCCUGAGUCAGCCGUGGAGUCUCUCCACCAGUCAGACUCCACUGCAGCAGGUGGAUCUGUUUGACCUGGCCAAGUACCCUGAGUAUGUGUCCAGUGGAGGAGGCUUUGGACCGGUGGCAGAUAAUGGCUAUGGAGUGUCAUACGUGAUCAUUGGUGAGAACCUCAUCAACUUCCACAUCUCCAGCAAACAUUCAAGCGCGGAAACGGACUCCAAGCGGUUUGGCGACAACAUCAAGAAGGCCAUGUUGGACAUCCUGGGCCUGUUCAAUCUGGAAGCAAAGCCUCUUAAGUGAUACCCUCACCCUCACUCUCACUCUCUCGGCCAUUAAAACUGAUUUUAGACUGUGUUCAAAGUGUGCAAAACAAAGUGUUUGUGUGUGUGUGUGUGUAUGGGGGGGGUCGGAGAGACUGAAUAGGCUGAGCCGUGUGUUCUGGUGCCUUAUGGAGUGUGUUUAAUAUUUUAUGCUGUAAAUUAUAGGAAGUGACCCUUGACCUCAGAAGGCCCAUCUGAUCAGACAGGAAGCAGCAUGUACUGUCUACUAUCUGUUCUCUCUCUGGUUUCUUUUAGCUGCAGCACUGUUUUUUUUUCUUCAAGUAAGUAGAACGAAUGUUUCUUGCGCACGAACCCCUAAACCAACUCAGGCUCAGUGCACAUAGUAGCCUUAGCUUCAUCUCCAGCUCUUAACCAGCCCUCAAGAAAUAUGUGGUGCCACGCCAUACCGCCUCUCCGCCUUCACAUCACCUGCUGCAUAGCGCCACCCAGUGGUAGCCCACACUCAUCUCAGCUGGAGAUUAUGAGGUGUUGAAGUGGCCUGUACACGGGCCUGUGCUCUUUAACUGUCCUGUUCAGACUUGGCAGUGCAGGCGGUUUUUGGUACACUGCUUUCUGCCGCUCGGGCAGCUGACAACUCUGUUGGCAUCAGCGCCAUGCUUCAGGACAAGCUGCUGUUGAAGGCUACCCUUAGGCUGGUGGUAGCGCCCAUGCUAAGUUUAAGCUGCCUGCCAUGCUGGGCUGAAGUAUGACGGCCUGUGAAUGCAGGUCUGUUUGCCAGUGUUCGCCUUAGUAUUGCUGCAUUAUAAACCGCUCACAGCCCCUGUUCUAGCAUCAAGAAGUGACCUCAGGAGGUGGAUUGUUCUAGAAUUUUCUUCAGUGGCUUUUAUUUUAUGUUUCUCAAUAUUUAUUAUUGUGUCAGACAUUUCUGUGAAGUGAUUGAAUGCUUCAGGCUCUAUGAAAUUUUGUUUUGGCAUUAGAAGAUUGAAUACAAUGUAGUCACAUUUCUAUAGAUUUGUUUUUGUGUGUGUGUGUGUGUGUGUGUGUGUGUUUUUAGUCAUUUGUCAUGAAUGCUAUGUAUGCUUGAUAAUUAUUAUAUACCAAAAGAUAAUAAACAUGAAUGUCAAAACUGAAUUUACAGGUAUCUUAUCUACCAAGACAUAAUAAAAGUGAAUGCCGCAAA